GCCGCCGUCGCCACCUCCCGCCGUCUCGCUCAUCUUGACCCGGACCAGCGAAGGCGCCGCGGAACGCUCGCGACGCGCGGGAUUCCCAAAGAGAACGCGAGGCUCGAGGAGGUUCUCCGCCUACCCAGCACCGGGCGACCCAACGUUCCACGGCCCGAACGCCGGCGUCUCCAACGUUCCACGGCCCGAACGCCGGCGUCUCCAACGUUCGACGCGAAGAAGCGCGCCGGGACGCGUCUGGACGUGACCCUCGCGGAGGCAUGGCGGGAAAGGAAGGCGGAGCGGCACCGCUGGCCGGUCCCGUGGGCGGCGUAGCCCCGAAGCGACGAUCGCGGGGCUGACGAUCUCCCCACCACGUCGCCGAUGUGCGAAACUGCGCGCGCCCUGACUCCUGAGAAGUAAUCAUCCUUUUCUCCCUCUUGCAAAGAGCUCGCUCUGACCAGAAGUGAUACAGGAUGUCUUUCCAUUCUGUGCGAGGGUGUCCCAGGGGCCGAGGAGGAGCUGCAGUAAGAGCUUCAAUGCAAACGUUUCGCCCCCAAAACCUGAGGCAGCUCCAUCCUCAGCAGCCUUCAGUUCAAUAUCAAUAUGACCAGCAAAAUGUGUCAACCUCUGCCUAUUCUAACCCUCCAUCUACAAACUAUGUACCUCCUAGGCUGGAUUUUGUCCCAUAUCCACCACCAGUUCCCCCAUCACCACAGAACACGGUUGCCCAGUGUCCUCUGAGGCCACCUUUUACAGGUCCUCAAGUGAGGCAAAGUUUCCCACUCCCUCCCUGCUUUCCCCCAGCCCCACCUCCGGUCCCAAAUCCUGGUAACCCCCCCUCUGUUCCACCAAAUCCCCCCGGGCAAAAUACUUUCCCCUAUAUGAUGCCACCUCCAUCCAUGCCAAAUUCUGUGCCGCCACCGAUAAUGCCUCAGCAAGUGAAUUAUCAGCCUGUAUACUCUCCGGCCUAUUCGCAGCAAACUUUCCCCCCACCUAAUUUCAAUAGUUAUCCACACAAUACAAACUCUUACCCGAGCAACAGUGGCAACAACACUAACAGCAGUAAUAACAGCAGUGGUGGUUUCCGAACCCCGAGUCAGUAUCAGGCGGAGAAGUCCCAGGCGGAGCGGAGGUCUCCGGAGAGGAGUAAGCACUACGAUGAUCAUCGCCACCGGGACCACUCUAGCGGUCAUGGGGAUCGACAUCGUUCCACCAAUCAUGGCGAUCGGCGGGAUCGAGGGAGGAGUCCUGACAGGCGGCGGCAAGAAAGUAGUCGACACCGGUCAGAUUAUGUCAGAGGACGGACGCCACCCCGACACAGAAGUUACGAGUGGUCCAGGGACCGACAGAGGGAAAGGCACCGGCACCGUGACAGCAGACAAUCUCCAUCUAUAGAGAGAUCCUAUAGAAAAGAUCACAAGAGAGCAGGAAGUCGAUCUCCCAGCCAAGACCGAAAGAGACCUCGCUGGGAAGAUGACAGGGACCGGUGGUCAGAAAAUGCCAAUAGGGAGAAGAGUUAUACCUCCAUCAAGGAUAAGGAGCCCGAAGAAGCUGUUGUUGAAAAGAAUGAGGAAGAUGAUGAGGACCUGCUGAAGCCCGUCUGGGUGCGUUGUACCCAUUCAGAGAGUUACUAUUCAAACGAUCCCAUGGACCAAGUGGGAGAUUCCACCGUCGUUGGAACGAGCCGGUUAAGAGAUUUAUAUGAGAAAUUUGAAGAAGACCUCGGAAAGCGUCAGGCUAAGGCCAAAGCUGCCAGGCCACCCUGGGAGCCGCCCAAGACUAAACUGGAUGAAGAUGUGGGGAGCUCAAGUGACUCUGAAUGUGACUCAGAAGAUGACAGCUGUUCCAGUAGCUCAGACUCAGAGGUGUUUGAUGUCAUUGCUGAAAUCAAGCGCAAGAAGGCUCACCCUGAUCGUCUCCAUGAGGAGCUGUGGUACAAUGACCCUGGCCAGAUGAAUGAUGGUCCUCUGUGCAAAUGCAGUGCUAAAGCCAGAAGAACAGGAAUAAGGCAUGGGAUCUAUCCUGGGGAAGAGCCCAUUAAGCCAUGUCGCCUGAUGACCAACAACGCUGGGAGGUUGUUCCACUACCGCAUUACAGUGUCACCUCCUACAAACUUCUUGACUGACCGGCCAACUGUAAUAGAGUAUGAUGACCAUGAAUACAUCUUUGAAGGCUUUUCCAUGUUUGCCCAUGCGCCACUCACCAACAUUCCUCUGUGUAAAGUAAUCAGGUUUAACAUUGAUUAUACAAUCCAUUUCAUUGAGGAGAUGAUGCCUGAAAAUUUCUGUGUAAGAGGGCUGGAGUUGUUUUCUUCAUAUCUGUUCCAAGAUAUUCUAGAACUCUAUGACUGGAAUUUAAUAGGCCCUUCAUCAGAAAACAGUGAAACCUCUUGUCCCCGAUUUCAUUUCAUGCCACGCUUUGUAAGAUUUCUUCCAGAUGGAGGGAAGGAAGUGCUGUCUAUGCAUCAGAUUCUGCUGUAUUUAUUAAGAUGCAAUAAGCCCUUGGUGCCAGAAGAGGAGAUUGCCAAUAUGCUGCAGUGGGAAGAGCUGGAGUGGCAGAAAUAUGCCGAGGAAUGCAAAGGGAUGAUUGUGACCAGCCCUGGCAUGAAACCCAGCUCAGUUCGUAUUGAUCAAUUGGAUCGUGAGCAGUUCAACCCUGAUGUGAUUACUUUCCCCAUUAUUGUCCACUUUGGGAUACGACCAGCUCAGCUCAGUUAUGCUGGAGACCCGCAGUACCAAAAACUUUGGAAGAGUUAUGUGAAAUUACGUCAUCUUUUGGCUAACAGUCCUAAAGUGAAGCAGGCAGAUAAGCAGAAACUGGUGCAAAGAGAAGAAGCAUUGCAGAAGAUAAGGCAGAAGAACACCAUGCGGCGCGAAGUGACCGUUGAACUGAGCAGCCAAGGGUUCUGGAAAACCGGCAUUCGCUCUGAUGUCUGUCAGCAUGCCAUGAUGCUUCCUGUCUUAACUCACCAUAUCCGGUAUCAUCAAUGCCUCAUGCAUUUGGAUAAGUUGAUCGGCUAUACUUUCAAAGACCGGUGUUUACUACAGCUUGCAAUGACCCAUCCGAGCCAUCACUUAAACUUUGGGAUGAAUCCAGACCACGCAAGAAAUUCUUUAUCAAACUGUGGGAUCCGACAGCCCAAGUAUGGAGACAGGAAAGUCCACCAUAUGCAUAUGAGGAAAAAAGGCAUAAAUACCUUGAUCAACAUUAUGUCACGUCUUGGACAAGAUGAUCCAGCCCCUUCCAGGAUUAAUCACAAUGAACGUUUGGAGUUUUUGGGAGAUGCUGUGGUUGAAUUUUUAACUAGUGUCCACUUGUACUACCUGUUCCCAAGCUUGGAGGAAGGCGGGUUAGCAACGUACCGCACUGCCAUCGUUCAGAACCAACAUCUUGCCAUGCUGGCUAAGAAGCUGGAGCUGGAUCGAUUUAUGCUUUAUGCUCAUGGGCCUGAUCUUUGCCGAGAAUCAGAUCUGCGCCACGCAAUGGCCAACUGCUUUGAAGCAUUGAUAGGGGCUGUUUACUUGGAAGGAAGUCUUGAAGAAGCCAAGCACCUGUUUGGACGCCUCCUCUUUAACGACCAGGACCUGCGGGAAGUAUGGCUUAAUUAUCCUCUACACCCUCUCCAACUGCAGGAAUCUAAUACCGAUCGACAACUGAUUGAGACCUCUCCAGUCCUCCAGAAACUGACUGAGUUUGAAGAUGCCAUUGGAGUCAUAUUUACUCAUGUUCGCCUCUUGGCACGGGCUUUCACUUUAAGGACAGUGGGAUUCAACCAUCUGACUCUGGGCCACAAUCAAAGGAUGGAAUUCUUGGGUGAUUCAAUUAUGCAGUUAGUUGCCACAGAAUAUCUAUUCAUACAUUUCCCAGACCAUCAUGAAGGGCACCUAACGCUGUUGCGAAGCUCCCUGGUCAACAACAGGACACAGGCCAAGGUUGCAGAAGAGCUAGGCAUGCAGGAGUUCGCCAUCACUAACGACAAAACCAAGCGUCCUGUGGCGUUACGCACAAAGACCCUGGCAGAUCUCUUGGAAUCCUUUAUUGCUGCUCUGUACAUAGAUAAGGAUCUUGAGUAUGUCCAUACCUUCAUGAAUGUCUGCUUUUUUCCACGACUAAAGGAAUUCAUAUUGAACCAGGACUGGAAUGAUCCAAAAUCCCAGCUCCAGCAGUGCUGCUUGACUCUCAGAACAGAAGGAAAGGAGCCCGACAUUCCUCUCUACAAGACUUUGCAAACAGUUGGACCUUCUCAUGCCAGGACAUACACUGUAGCUGUUUAUUUCAAAGGGGAAAGAAUAGGAUGUGGUAAAGGACCAAGCAUUCAACAAGCAGAGAUGUGCGCUGCAAUGGAUGCACUGGAAAAAUAUAACUUUCCUCAAAUGGCCCAUCAGAAACGGUUCAUUGAACGGAAAUACAGACAAGAGCUCAAAGAAAUGAGGUGGGAACGAGAGCAUCAGGAAAAGGAGCUGGAGGAGACGGAAGACAUAAGAAAAUAAGUGAAGGUCAUGGAAGAAAUGGCAUAUUUGCUUCCUUAAUAACUUGGAUGGUGGCCUACAGAGACCUAGCUUAGUUUCAUGUGAAUGAACGGAUGAAGUGUGCUCAUUGAAUCAUGUUUGAUUUUAUUUUAUUUUUUAAUAAUGUAUUUUCUUCCAUUUUUACUUGUGAAGAUGAAAGAGUUUACCUUUAGAGUUGAAAAGGGGUUAAAAGAAAAUAGUUUAUUUUAAUGUUCUUUGUGAAGAAUUAUGCUUUU